CGACGACUCAAAGUCGUUUUCCGGGUCAAACCUCUCAUUACCCCGCCUCGCUCAUCCGGCAGUCCUUCCGGCUUGACCGCCAUCAUAGACAGCAGACAUGGCUAUACGCUACCCUAUGGCUGUGGGCCUUAACAAAGGCCAUCCAGUUACCAAAAAUGUGACUGCUCCCAAACACAGCCGCCGACGUGGGCGUCUCACCAAACACAGCAAGUUUGUUCGCGACAUGAUCCGCGAAGUGUGCGGUUUCGCUCCAUAUGAGAGGCGAGCCAUGGAGCUGCUGAAGGUGUCUAAGGACAAGAGAGCCCUCAAGUUUAUCAAGAAGAGGAUUGGCACUCACAUUCGCGCCAAGAGAAAGAGAGAGGAGCUGAGCAACGUGCUGGCUGCCAUGAGGAAAGCUGCCGCCAAGAAGGACUAAUAUGUCACUCAAUAAACAUUUGCUAAACUACAGAAUCCAGACUGGUGGUCCAUUUGUCAUCUGCUUUGCUUUUGUUAGCAGUCAUCAGAUCUGGUUCUUCUGAUGGUUCAUGUCCAGCACAUGCUUUGAUCCCUGAUGUAAUGAGUUCCACUUCACCUCUGUUCUAUGUUGUCAGAAUACCAAUAAAGCACACUGCAGUUCA